UCGUUGACUUGUCGUGGCUUCAAUUACUCCUGGUCAUGGGAGAAAUAGUUGGUUGGUAUUGAUGAGUGAGAGCUAUUAAUUUCAGAAAAAUCUUCGGAUAAUUAAGAGGAAAAAAGGGAGAGAAAAAACAAUUAUUUGCCAACGUAUUACCAUCUAUUAAUGUUUGGGUUCUUCCUUCUUUUGACCAAACAUGGAUGUGUCAGUGGUAAUUGUGUUAAUUCUCGUGCGUUGGACAUGUUGGAUUAGUGAAGUCGAAAUGGUAAAAGCAGAGUCCGAUGUUAGCGAUAGAUUGACACUGGAAUCGGUGAGGGAUUCGUUGAUAAGGCAAGAGGAUAGCAUUGUUUUCAGUCUGAUAGAGAGAGCCAAGUUUCCUUUAAAUGCUCCAACCUACGACCCUUCCUACUUUUCAAUGCCCGGCUCUUACGGUUCUUUGGUUGAGUUGGUUGUUAAACAAACAGAGGCCGUCCAAGCUAAGGCCGGUAGAUAUGAAAAUCCCGAGGAACAUCCAUUCUUCCCAGAUGAUUUACCACCGUCGCAGGUUCCACCUCACAAGUAUCCUCGGGUUUUGAAUCCCGCGGCAGUGUUCGUUAACGUAAAUAAGAAGAUAUGGGAUGUAUAUUUCAACAAGCUGCUUCCAUUGUUUGUCGCUCCCGGUGAUGACGGAAACUAUGCAUCAACAGCUGCUCGUGAUCUUGAGUGCUUACAGGUCCUAUCUAGAAGAAUACAUUACGGAAAACUUGUGGCUGAAGUCAAAUUCAGAGAUGAAUGGAAGCACUAUGAACCUGCAAUUCGUGCUCGGGAUAAAAAAACUCUGAUGGAUUUAUUGACGGCUCCGGCUGUGGAAAAAGCAGUAAAGAAGAGGGUGGCGAAGAAGGCAAGUAUAUUUGGGCAGGAAGUGAAGGUAGGUGAUGAUAGUGAUGAGAAUAAAGGGAAGUACAAGGUGGAUCCAGCUGUUGUUUCCAGAUUCUAUGGAGACUGGAUCAUUCCCCUAACAAAGGAUGUUGAAGUCCAGUACCUCCUCCAUCGCCUUGACUGAAACCUUGGUCAUGUAUCAGUUUCAGUCAAGGGUUCACAAUUAUAAUACAGAAUAAAAUGUAUUCUGUCAAAUUCUGCUUUGAUUAUUAUGUCUAGAUCUACUCCAAUGUAAUAUGCACGCAUCUUUUCACAACA